ACUGCAGAUAUGAUACAGGAAAUGAUCAAAGAAUGCAGACAAGAUACAAGAGAUGGUCAGAGGCUGCAGACACGGUACAGGAGAUGGUCAGAGACAGCAGACACGGUACAGGAGAUGACCAGAGACUGCAGACAUGGUAGAGGAGAUGACCAGAGACUACGGACACAGUACAGGAGAUGACCAGAGACAGAGACUGCAGACACGGUACAGGAGAUGACCAGAGACUGCAGACAUUAUACAAGAGAUGGUCAGAGACUGCAGACAUGAUACAAGAGAUGGUUGGAGUCUGUGGGCAUGAUAUAGAAGAUGAUCAGAAACUGCAGACACAUGGUACAAGAGAUGGUCAGAGACUGUGGAGAGAUUAUAGGAGAUGGUUAAAGGCUGUGGAGAGGAUACAUGAG